AUCAAAUUUUCGAUCCAUUUUUCGUUUCUGGGACCUACAAAUAAGCACACCAGAGAAACAGGUACAGGUAUAACCGCCCUUUCUUCCUCACCUUUCACUUCUCUGAACGCAGGUUGUUUUCUUACCCAUCAAUGGAAGAAUCCACCAAAUUGAAAGGUAAGAGAACCAAGCGGAAAAGGAAUCACCUUUUGCCCCCUAUAGUGUCCUCUAUAUUGUCUCCAACACCCUCCGCGGAGAUCUCUGAGAGCACAACUGAGGAAGAAGAAGACAUGGCUAAUUGCCUCUUACUCCUUGCUGAAGGUGGCUACAAUCCAAAACCCAACGAAAUGGACGAAGCAACCACGGCAGUGAACAUGACGAGCCGACAAUACAAUGCUGGAAAUAAUGUCCACCAAUGUCGGGAUUGCAAUAUGUGCUUUUCCUCACACCAGGCGCUUGGUGGACAUCGUGCCAGCCAUAAUAAAAAACUUAAGCUUUCGAUUCCCCUUGUGUCGGAGGUGAUGAAUGUAAAUUCAAUUCAAUUGAGCAUUAACUCGUUCUCUUCGCCAGCCAAGAUUGAGGUUAAAACCCACAAAUGUUGGGUCUGCGAGAAGGAGUUCAGUUCAGGUCAGGCUCUUGGCGGACAUAUGCGAAAGCACCGCUUACCGACUUCAGCUGAGUCGACGAAGAAGAAGGAGAAUUUUAAGAGAUUUUAUCUAGAUCUUAAUCUUCCACCUCCUUGCGAUGAUUAAGAAGGGAACGACACAAAAGUGUUAGGAGAGGAAGCAAAGGAGAGAGAUUUUAACUAAGUUUGUUGUUAGUUUAAGUGCAUAUUUUGGUGAUUUUGCUUUGUUGAUUGUUC